AUGAAUAAAGAAUUUAUUCCCUCCAAAUUUGCUUUCGAUAUUGUGGGCACCUAUCUCCCCAUAAUCCAAUCGAUAAGUAUUGUCGCUAACGAAAUUAAUUUUAUUUAUGUGAACGCGGAGUGCAAUAAAGAGAUAUGUGGAAUUAUGACAAAUCGAGUAAAAUCCGCCGAAUUUGCCCUUCAAAUGACUAUAAGGAACAUAGUUGAUGAAGAAUCUUUUCGACAAAAGUCAUAUCAAGCGGCAUUAUUUCAUUUUGAAAACAUUUUGAUAAAUGUCAAAGAAUUUACUAAGAAAGUAUCAAAAUUUAAAAGUUUUCGAAAGUUUUCUAAUGCAGGAGAGGUUAAAAAAAAUUUUGAAAAAUUAACACUUGAAUACGACGCAUGUGUUAAAGAUUUACAUUUUGCUAUUGAUAUCGUAAGCAUGUUUGAUAAGGAAGAAGAGUAUCGAAAAGUAGACAAGGCUCUAAAAGACAUCAACGAAACUCUUAAAAUAUUUUAUGCCGAAACUCAUGAUUUUAAAUGCGAUGCUCAUUAUACAAAUCACAAAGUUCAAGAUGUUGAUAACAAACUUGAUAUUUUGCAACGAAGAAUUGAGCUUUUAUAUAAAACGCAAUCUGAUGACGAACUAAAAAAAAUCGACUCAAGUGAAUUGACUGAUCCUCCCUAUUCAUCCAGGAACAAUAUUAGAGCCAUUAAAAAGAUUUAUAAAACAAUGGAAGUUGACUGCAAAGAUAUCAACCAAUCUAAUAAUACUAAAAGUAUUUUGGUAAUACUCCAAAAAUUAACUCCAGUUUUACCAUACAUUCUCCACUUUUAUGGUCUUUCUAAAGUUGAUACCAGAGAUGUCAUGGUUUUUGAAUGGGCCGAAUACGGAUCCUUAAAAGAUCUUUAUGAUUCAUAUGAUAUUCCUUGGGGUAGAAAAAUUCAAAUUAUUCGAGAUAUCUGCCGUGGCCUUGUGUGGUUGCGUAGUUUUGAUCUUUACCAUCACGAUCUUAGAUGCGAAAAUGUAUUAGUACUGCGCAACUUAGACCCAAAACUUGGAAACUUUAAACACGCACAUAUGAAAGAAGAAGAAAUCAAAAAAAUUUCCGAUGCAGCAACAACCACUUUUAAUUGGAUGGCUCCAGAAUUAAUCCAAAAAUACAAAGAAGGAAAAUAUAAAGAAAACAUUUACAGAUUUAAUUGCGAAAUGUUCAGUUUUGGAAUGCUGAUUUGGGAGCUUUGUUAUGAAAAGCUGCCUUAUAAAAAUUGGAAUCCUGUAAAAAUCUCUAACCACGUUUUAGGUGGUAACAGAGAAAGACUUGUGCGUGGAAAAUUUGAAAAUACCAAAGACCUGAAAAUUCAGGAAAAUUUUAUUACCAUAAUUGAAAAUAUGUGGAAACAAGUACCGGAACAAAGAAUAGAAGUUACAAAGCUUCAUUUAAUACUUGAGGAAUUGGCACUGAGUUAUCAGAUUCGAGUAGAAGAACCUAUGCUAUUAAAAGAUGGAAAUUACAAUUUCGAGGGAGAAGAAGAAGAUGCGACGUCAAUUAACUUGGUAAUAAAUUUUGAAAAAGGAAUUGAGCUUCAUAAAGAAAAAAACUAUAAAGAGGCAUGGAAAUGUUUUGAGGAAAAUGCAGAUCUUGGAAACAUCUCUGCAAAAUAUUGGAAAGGAUACUAUUUAUCCAAUGGGUACGAUGGUGUUGUUAAAAAGGAUAAAGAAAAGGCCAUGGAGCUUCUUAAAGAGGCAGCUGAUAAUGGCGAUCCUUAUGGAUAUAAGCUAGAUGAUGCACAGUUUCGAUAUGUUGGAUUGUUGAUAGAGAGUCUUAAAAAUAAUGCUGACGAUGAAGACACCAAGCAAGAUAAGCGCAAAAAAAUUUUGCACUAUCUUAAAUUAGCUGCAGACAAUAAUAAUGUUACGGCAAUGCAACUUCUAGGGGAUAUUUACAUUAAUGGAAAACUUGAGGUGCAAAAAAACGAAGAACUCGGUUCGUUGUAUUUAAAGUUGGCAAAAAUCAAUAUGAAUUAA